AUGACGACAAAAGCACCAGAACCUGCAAAUUCAGAGCCGAAGUCAUCCUCCAGUCCUCCCAACGUCGUCGUAAUGGUGAGGCUAGACACUCAUACAGAAGAAGGAAGACUGAGAAGCUUCUGGGUCUCGGAAAGCCAACUUUGCGACGUCUCGCCCGUAUUCAAAGCCGCGUUCCAAGGCAGAUUCCUCGAGUCUCGAGAAAAAUCAUACAGGCUCGAAGACACAAGCCCUUCAACUGCAGCUUGUCUGGUGAAUUGGAUUUGCACCAGAAAGUCGUUUCUCCACGAAACAACAGAGAAUCGUAAUUGGCAGGAAUACUACUUGCAGCUCGCACAUCUCUACGUCUGCGCCAGCGAAUACCUGAUCCUUGAUCUCGUCGACCUGCUGGAGGCCAAUUUUAUCUGCUCUCUACGCACGAAUCUCAUCAUGAGGCAACCCAAUUUCCAUCCUGGAUCGCUAUGCGUCGACGUGAUCUACGGGAAUACUCCUCCAUCGGCGAAACUUCGAAAGAUACUCACAGCUUUUUAUGCCGCGCAUGCGCCAUCUCCAGGGAUCUACGCCGAUGCGAAUUUGCGGGCUAUCAUGACUGACUGUCCUGACUUUCGAGAUGAUGUCGCGGCUGCUCUGGAAAAGCGAAAGAGGGAUCCCUAUAAGCAGCGAAAGCGGGGGCCAGUGACAAAACAAUAUCAGAAUGAUGCUUGA